AUGGAGCUUUUAGCAAUAGUAGGUCUGCUCUGGGCCUUUAGCAAGGCUUUCGCUGUGGCCGUGCGGACAUUCUUCGAAACUGUCACAAUAGACCAGUUCCGGUAUGCUUAUUCCCCUGAUACCUCCGCUCGGCUUCUCGAAGCAUGGGCACGUCGCGCACACACGAUCUUAAACACCGUCAAGCUGCCUGACGGGACCACCGCGUUCUGGCUAGGAAAUCCAGACGCCAAGCGACUGCUCCUCCAUCUUCCAGAUGCCGGCAUGCUCUUCCUCCCUUAUGAACUCACCCCAACCGCGCAAUAUCCUCAUCAGAUGAAGCAGGCUGUGGCGCUCCUCCAAUAUGUCAUCGAGGACCUGGGGAAGCGGCCGUCUGAUAUUGUGCUGCUGGGUGAUUCUGCGGGUGCACAUCUUAUCUUGUCCGUCCUAUCUCAUCUUGCGCAUCCCCAUCCUCACAUUCCUCCCCUACUCUUGCGUGAGAAACUUGCUGGGGCAUUGUUGCUUUCACCGUGGAUGGGCGAGUCUCGGACCGACUAUGACAGUUGUCGGAGAAACGCGUCGCGGGAUCUUGUCUCACCAGGGCUAUUGACUUAUUGGGCCGAUAUGUUUCUUGGAGAUGCUGAGUUCGACAGCUAUAGCCGGCCUGCGGGUGCGCCUGAAGGCUGGUGGCGGGAUCUGCCUGUGGAGGAUAUUUUCAUUGGGGUGGGAGGGUAUGAGGUGUUGUAUGAUUCGAUUAUAAAGACUGCUAGGAAGAUUAAGGCAGAACAUACUGGAGUCACCAUUAGUAUUGCCCAUCUUGAAGUCCAUUGCGAGGCCCUUUCACCUUUCAAUCCGGGAGUGGUUUCGCCGGAUCAGUAUAGAGCGUUGCUGGCAUGGUUGAAGGGUACUUUGUGCAAGUGA